UGUCAAUGACGUUUGACCGCGUAGCCAAGUGAAAGUGUCACGUCAGUCGAAACUGGGAUAUCUGUCAGAAUUUGGAAACAAUUUUGGUGCCGUGUAUUUUGUGUUAAUUGUCUCAGGUUACCACCGGGAAGAUGGUUAAGCCUGCAAUUGGAAGAAAAACUAACAAAAACCCACCUAUUUUCAGUCACGAAUUUGUGAUACAGAACCAUGCCGAUAUUGUAUCAUGUGUUGUUAUGGUGUUCUUGCUCGGUCUUAUGGUACAGUCCACAAGUUCAAUAGCCAGUUUAUUCAUCAGCUUGCAUCACAAUGUCAGUGGAAUUGAACCAUCAAGGGAUUUGCCAAAAGGAGAAGCCUUCUUCUAUGAAGCAGGCUGGAAAGAUGCCUGUGCCGUAUUCUUCUACUCGCUUGUGUGCAUUGUUAUGCAUGCAAUCAUUCAGGAAUAUAUUUUAGAUAAAUUAUCGAAAAAGUUCCAUUUAUCCAAGUCCAGACUGAGUGCGCUCAAUGAGUCUGGCCAAUUGGUUGUGUUCCAACUGAUGACUUUCAUCUGGGGAGGUGAUGCUAUCUUCCGUGAAGGCUUCUUGUUCAACAUUCCUCAAUUAUGGGAUGGUUACCCAAACCACCCAAUGACAUUCCUGCUGAAACUUUGGUGGGUGGUUCAAGCCGCUUACUGGAUCCACACAAUCCCUGAACUGUACUUCCAAAGGGUGAAGAAAGAUGAGUGGGCUGGACGCAUCCGUCAAGCUGUUGUUGCUUUCACAUUUGUCUCCUUGGCAUAUGCUUUCAAGUUCCAACGUGUGGGUGUAGCUCUCAUUGUAUUGCACUCUCUUGCCGAGUUUGUUGCACACAGCUACCGCCUCAACACCAUCCUUCGUGGUGAAAAGGAGGACUUCCUGGACAAAUUCUUGAGCGUAGUGAACGGCGCGGUGUUCGUCGCCGUGCGUCUCUGUUCACUCGUGCUGGGCGUGCUCACGUUCUACUACGGGCUCGCUGGCGCCGCGCCGCUGCUCGUGCGGGUUGGUGCUCUCUCGCUGCUCGUCUCCUUCCAGGUGUACCUGAUGUUCAACUUCAUUACUGAAACAAUGAAGCAACGCCAGGAGGCGCGCCAACUUGCCCUCAGCAAACCCAAGAAGGAAAGGAAAGAGAGGCCCAAGAAAGAAAAAGUUAAGAAAGUCCACAACGAAGAAUCUGACCUCCCCGAAGUAGAUCAGAACACGAACAAGACUCUUCGGCAGCGACAGACCACCGCGGCCAAGAAGUAAACCCACACACAAACAUCGUUGUUGUGAACAUACAACAAAAUCAUCUGAACAUUAUGUACUUUUAUAACGAAACAUGUUGACUUAAAAGAAAUUUUAUUUAUAUUUGUUCCUAUUGGUGUUGAAUUUGACGUUUGUUUUACGCGGGAGCAAUCGCGCAUACGAUAAUUUAAGACUAGGUAUGAUAAAUAAAAUGCACAAAAUAUAUUACGUAACCUUAUUUAUUACGAAUUGUUUUUUGAAAACAUUGACGACAAUAAAGCUUUUUAACAUA